UCCUCCCAUCGUCAUAAAUAGAGCCGGAAGCAGAACGUCAACACCUAGAAAUCAACCAGUGGACUUAUGCAGACACAGCACAGGGUUAUGGUGUGGACGUGAAAAUGCCAAGGGGAUACGGUGUCUGCCCAGAGCCUACUAACCAAUAGCCUCUUCACACGGAUAAAGACAUCAACAAAACGAAGGAUGUGCCCCAAUGCUGACGAUUUAUCCCCAAAGUCUCUAUGACCAAACUUCAAAUCGGUCUGCAACUUGGAUGUAGGUCUACCUGCCUAAGCUCAUUUACAACACUUCUCAACCAACCAGCCCUAACCAAAUAAACUCUGCACCUCUGAAACCCAAGAUGGCUUCUAGACAAAGUGCCCUAACUGCUGCCGUGGUUACCCUGUUGGGAGCCACCUUGGGUGGCCUGUUGCUAUGGCGACAGAGAGCCAUAAGGACAAAGAAGCAACAGCUUUCUGCUCAAGGUCUGAAGGGUCAGGUAAGGGUCAGCUCUUGUACCUUACCUGUGGAACCAGAGCCUGUGGUUCUGGACUGUAAGAACCCAGUGGAGUCCCAAAUCCAGUCUAAGCAGACCCAGCUAUCCCCGGGUCAGAGUCUGGUCCUUCCCCUGCCUGCUGUGCUACCCCCUGUUGACCAGGCCCUGGCGGUGCAGCCGGUGAUGGUAAGCUCUGAGAAGGAGUGGGAACAGCUGUGGCCCAUGCUACAGAAGGAUCUGUCAGUCUAUCCUGUCCUCGGCCUGGACUGUGAAUGGGUGAAGAGUCAAACUAAUACCCUGGGUGUAAGUUUGUUCUGCAUGUUUUUAAACAGAUCAUCCCAUUUGUACUCUGUUUAUCUUAUCUCUGACUGCAUCUCUCUCCCUCCUCUCUCUCCCCCUUGCCGUCCCUGCCCCUCUUCCACCUCUCAGGACUUGCCCCACCCUGAAAGAGAUGACUUCACUCUGGUCUGUCUCAAUGGUGAGGCUGACCUCUUGGUGCGGCUCCGUGCUGGCCAGCAGGACUUGCCACUUACCCUGAAAGAGGUCCUCAGCGACCCUCACAUCCUGAAGGUGGGUGUGGGCUGCUAUGAGGAUGGGAAGCGUCUGACACGAGACUAUGGCCUGGCGCUGGGAUGUACUGUGGACUUAAGAUACCUUGCACUACGACAAAGGAAGGUGGUGUUGAAUAACGGUCUGAGUCUGAAGUCUCUGGCAGCUGACCUGCUCAACGUCUCUCUGGAGAAAUCCUUGGAGCUGCGCUGUAGUGACUGGGAGGCUGACCCGCUGACCUUACAACAGAUAACCUACGCAGCCCGAGACGCACAGGUAUCCAUCGCCCUCUUCUUCCGCCUGCUCGGACUCCACUCAGAUUCCACGCCCUCACUUGACACUGGGAGUGGCUACUCCCAGCUGGCCAAUUGCUGCCAGGGCGUCGUUAGAACGUCUACACUACUGGGGUCAAACGCCACUCUGCCAAACAUGGAGGGUAUUAUCUGCCAGGUGGGUAGGAGGGGGGCCCAGGUGGUAGGGGGGGCCAGGUGGGUCCCCCUGGGGGCGCCUUCAGAGGGGGGGGCCAGGUGGGUAGGAGCGCCAGGUGGGAGGAGGGGGCGCACAGGUAUAGGAGGGGGCCCUCUUCUUCCGCCUGCUCGGACGCCAGGUCAGAUUCCACGCCACUCUGACACUGGGAGUGGCCACUCCCAGCUGGCCAAUUGCUGCCAGGGCGUGGUGGAGGGGGGCGCCAGGUUCAGGGGUGGGGUGGAAGAGGUGCGCCAGGUGGAGGAAAAGCGUGGUCGGGAGGAGGAGGAGGCGGGUAGGAGGGGGCGCCAGCAGUGGGUUUUUGAAAGCCCAGAGUGGGUAGGAGGGGGGCGCCAGUUGGGCAGGAGGGGCCGGGGGGGGGCCCAGGUGGGUAGGAGCCGCCACUCUGCCAGGUGGGUAGGAGGGGUGGGCUACUCUGCCAGGAAGUCCCCUCUCUAUGACAACUGUUUCCUCCAUGCCCCGGAUGGACAACCCCUCUGUACCUGCGACAAGAAGAAGGCCAAGUGGUACCUGGAUAAAGGAAUAGGAGUGCUGCAGAGUGAGGAUCCAUUCAUUGUGCGUCUGCUCUUUGAGCCUUCGGGACGUCCAGAUUCCCAGCAGGACUACUACCUGACUGCCAAGGAGAACCUGUGUGUGGUGUGUGGCAAGAACGACUCUUAUAUCAGGAAGAACAUCGUUCCCCAUGAGUACAGACGUCACUUUCCCACGGAGAUGAAAGACCACAACUCCCAUGACAUCUUGCUGCUGUGCACUUCCUGUCACGCGGCCUCCAAUGUCCACGAUGGCUUCCUGAAGCAGCAGCUGGCUGAUGAACACGCUGCCCCCCAGGGCUGUGAGGAGGGCGUGCGGCUCCUGGAGGACUCUGACCGCAGGAGGGUUCGUUCUGCAGCCCGUGCCCUCCUGACUGCGGGGGAGGGGCUCCCUGGGCCCCGGAGAGACGAGCUGCAGGAAGUCAUCAGGAGUUUCUUCAACGACCUCGACGGGGAGCUGACGACAGACACCCUGCAGAGUGCUGCUGGCCUGGAGACACGGAUCUUCAAUGAGAGCUACGUUCCCCACGGGCUGAAGGUGGUACAAGCGCAUGCCAAGCAGGGUCUGAAGGGCUUAAUGGGUCUAGAACGCCACUGGAGGCAGCACUUCCUGUCUACCAUGACGCCGCGCUACCUCCCUCCUCUGUGGUCCGUCAACCACAACCACAGCAAGUUCCUACGCAAAUACGGCGAGGAUCUCCCCAUCCAACUCAACUGAACUACAGUCUACGUUUUUAACCUGAAAAGGGCCAGGCAGUUUGGCAUGACAAGGAGUCUAAGGAAAUGGAUUGGUAGCCAGGCUCCAUAUCUCUCUCUCUAUUUAUCCAUCAGCUUCUCUCUUCUCUUCUCUGGUUCACCGUAUUGUCAGUAGUUAAAACAGAAGCUACAUUAUCCGCACUGGAGCCCAGAGAGCUGACUGACCGACCUACGGUGUCUGGUGGUAGUCUCACCUCCGCCUGGGACGAGGCAGCCUGUCACCCUGUUCCUAUAUGGUGAUAUACAUGUUGAGUCAGACAUAUAGACUUACAGCCCUCGCUUGAACUCAAAACGUCCCCUACAGGCCCUCCGAUGAACUAGAGCCAGAGACUAGCAGAGACCAUUGGCUGAAAUGGUUCCCCUAUUCUUUAUAAAGGGCAGUACCUUAGACCUGGGCCCACAGGGGUGCACCAUGUAGUGUCUAGAGCCAUUUCAGAUAGCUGGAGCCUGAGGAGAUGGACAGGCUGCCUUGGUUCUGACAGGUACGGCCUAGCUGUAGCCCGAGGAGAUGGACAGGCUGCCUUGGUUCUGAUAGGUACGGCCUAGCUGUAGCCAGAGGAGAUGGACAGGCUGCCUUGGUUCUGACAGAGGUACGGGCUAGAUGGAGCCCGAGGAGAUGGACAGGCUGCCUUGGUUCUGACAGAGGUACGGCCUAGCUUGGAGCCCGAGG